AUGAUAAAGUGUUUUUGGCACUUUUUGAAGGUUUUAAAGUUUCUUAUUAAGUUUUUUUUGUUGAGUAAUUUUGAAUUUCGGUACCCCCUUUUUCCUUCAAGUUGCGUAAUGGUCAGAUUCGCUUUCUCAAUUUCACUAUAUUUGGUGAUAAGAUCUUUUUUUUUAUUUUAUAAACCAUUUAAGGCUGGUUUUGCUGGUUAUGCCUCUCCUUAUGCUGAGUUCCCGUCUAUUGUGGGACAUCACCAAGAGGGCAGGUUUAGUUCACGUUUGAACAACAAUUUUGUUGGAGAUCAUGCUCAUGUUUUGCGUAGAAUUUUAUCUAUCAAAUAUCCCAUAGAACGUGGAAUUGUUACGAAUUGGGAGGAUAUGGAGAGAAUCUGUUUUGUUGCAAAUCAAGCGGUGCUUUCUUUAUUUGCUUCUAAUCGUACUACUGGCUUAGUUAUUGACUCGGGAGAUGGGGUCACCCAUGCUGUUCCAGUUGACGAAGGUUAUGCAGUCCCUCGUGCCAUUCUUCGUUUUGACUUGGCUGGCCGUGAUUUAACUGAUUAUUUAAUGAGGAUUCUCAACGAGCGUAGAUACUCGAUUAUUAGACCUACUGACCGAAAUAUUGUUGAAGAAAUUAAAGAGAAACUUUGUUAUGUUGCAGUGGAUUUUGAAAAGGAAAUGGCAAAGGAAACUUCUUCCUUGGAGAAAAAAUAUGAAUUGCCUGAUAAAGAUGUGAUAACUAUUGGAAAUGAACUUUUCCGAUGUCCUGAGGCACUCUUUCAGCCUUCCCUCCUUGGAAUGAACAUGGCUGGCAUUCAUCAGACUUCUUUCAAUUCGAUUAUGAAAUGUGACAAUGACAUCCGUAAAGAAUUAUUUACAAAUAUUGUUCUCUCUGGUGGUACAACAAUGUAUCCUGGGUUUUCUGAUCGUAUGCAAAAGGAAAUCACUGAUCUCACGCCGCGAACAAUGAAUAUUAAUAUUAUAGCUCCUCCAGAUCGAAAAUAUACUGCUUGGAUUGGGGGUUCCGUUCUUGCAUCACUUUCUACAUUCCAAAACAUGUAUGUACAGUGUCGGUCAUUUAGUGAUUUUUAA